CGGUUCUGCACGACGGGGUGUCGACUUUAACCGAUCUAUCUCAACAUCUUACCUCUGUCUUGUGAUCAUUCUCAUUGACACCUUCCCGUCAAAGUUACAUUUUUGCCACUAAAGUUGCCCUUUCUGUGACUUAAAAAUGGCUCUCAGCGAUGCAGACGUGCAGAAACAGAUCAAGCACAUGAUGGCCUUCAUCGAACAAGAGGCCAACGAAAAAGCCGAAGAGAUCGAUGCCAAGGCUGAGGAGGAGUUCAAUAUUGAAAAGGGCCGUUUGGUCCAACAGAGCCGUCUGAAAGUGAUGGAGUAUUACGAAAAAAAGGAGAAGCAGGUUGAACUGCAAAAGAAAAUUCAGUCCUCGAACAUGCUCAACCAAGCUCGUCUGAAGGUGCUGAAGGUUCGUGAGGACCACGUUGAAAGUGUGCUUGAAGAUGCCAGGAAGCUGCUUGGAAAUGUCAACCAAGAUCAGGGCAAAUACAGCCAGGUUUUGUAUUCAUUGAUCCAGCAGGGUUUGCUGCAGCUUCUUGAACCACAUGUUACUGUUCGUUGCCGUGCCGCAGACAAACCUGUUAUUGAACGUUUGAUUGGAGGUGCUCAGGCUGAGUUCAAACAAAAAACAGGAAAAGAUUGUGUUGUUAAAGUCGACCCUGACAAUUUCUUGCCACCUAACAGCUGUGGAGGCGUCAUUCUGCUUGCUCAGCGUGGACGCAUAAAGAUUGUCAACACUUUGGAGGCUCGCCUUGAUUUGAUUGCCCAGCAAUUCGUUCCUGAAAUCCGUAACGCGUUGUUUGGACGCAACCCUAACCGAAAGUUCACUGAUUAAACGGCACAAAUUAUUUUGGUUGAUUGUUGUUCAAGUUUGUGUACAAUGCAUUCCAUAGUAUAGUUUUAAUUCAUUUCAGAUUAUAUUAUAAUUAUUAUACCAUUGUACAUAAAUAAUGUAUGAACGUUUCUCUCUUCAGUGAUGAACCAUGGCAUCCAGUAUUGUAAUAAAUCAGUGUUUUUACUUUGGAUAUUAAUUUUCCUUCAAUUGCGUAACAGCGAGUAACAGUAGUGUUAUCUGAACCAAUUAUACAUCAAAGUAUAUAUGUAUAUCAAGAGAAAAAUAUAAAUAAAAUUGUUGUUCAUGCAUAAAUUAAAAAUAAAAA